GGCGAGAAUCUGAUUCGUUUUGUUUGGGCGGGUCGAUCUCUUUGGUUAUUUGUUAUCUGAUGAGGCCCUUUGGUUUAGAACUGAUUUAUCCAGGCAACUGUAAAACCAUUUCAUGUGAAUUGCCGAUAGAAGAGCUGAGAAGGCGCUUAGAUAGUCUUAGUAAAUCUUUGGAUAAUAUAAUCGAAGAAGAAAGACUACUUACAGAUAUCACAUUGGAUGCAGAACAAUCUCAAAAGGCUCAAAAUAGUGAAAAAUAUAAGGGCUUUUCCUUCUUUUAUCUUCACCAGAGUUCUUGCAGCACGGGACCAGAGAUAUACAAUUAGGAGUUGGGGUUUGUAUCUGCAAGCUUCUAAAGAUAUUUUGUCCACAAAAUCCACUUUGCGGUAUUUCAGACGAAAAAUCAAUAACAAAAGAUGUAUUAACUUUUCUGAUUGACUGCAUUGGAUUGCUUUCUAAUUUGAGAUCAAAAUCUGAUACAACCUAUUCUAAGCUUCGUGUUAUGCUCUACAUAUGUGCACAAACCGACGUUUUUAUGUGGUGUUCAGUUUUAGGGGAUGAAUCUGUUCUGUUUAAAUUCAUAAAAAUGGUUUUUUCUAUCAUCAAAAAUUUAGAUGUGUGGUCCUGGACUGAGGUUUCUGUUGUUCAUCAGAUGGUUCUAGACAUGCUCGUCAAAGUUGUCUCCGAUUCGGAGAAGUUUCUAUCUCCUGAUAUUGUUGCUUUCUUGCUCCAGUUUCUGAUAGAACCAGCGAAAAGUACUCAGCCAGCUCAACAUGCAUUCUCCCGAGAUGUAAUAAUCAGGACAGCUGAUCAGCUCGAAUACCAAAUCCAAAUGCUAUUGCAAAACUCCCUUAUUGUAGGUAAAUGCAGUGAGGAAAAAAUUAAAACUAAAAGCAAGCCCGUUAGCUCUCCGGAAAAUGUUUUGGAUGAUAGUGCAACAGUGGAUUUGGACGCGUUUGAUUCUGAAGAUGAAGAGGCGACUCCUGAUCCACUUGGAGAGCACGCAUUCCCAAUCAUUUACGCCUUGCACACAAUUCAGAACAGUAUUGUAGCUCCAGUUCUUCCAACCAUUGAAAUUAAGCUGAAGUCUCCUAUCGUGCGUGAAAGAAAACGAUCAUUCAGGCUACUAGCACGCUUGUUUGCAGAACCGAAUUCUUUACUUCAUAGAAGAAACCCGAAUCUUUGGGAUGCAUUCCUGGGACGCUUUAAUGACAUUGACAGUGAAGUUCGCAAGCUUUGCAUUUAUAUGCUGCCUCAACUUUUGAAGCAAAACCAGGAUUUACCACAAGAUCAGCUGUUGGCUUGCUUUCAGCAGCGCAUAUACGAUCCAGAUGAAGAUGUCCGAUUAUUGGCAUUGCGAACAAUGACUACUCUUAGCAAGCAAUCUGAAAGUGAAAUUAGUGAUGAUAUCUUCGAACUCUUGAAGGAACGUUCUAGAGAUAAAACCCUUUCUAUUCGAAAAGAAGCUUCUUCUGCUUUAUCAUCUCUAUAUAAAGGCAGUCUACAAUCAAGAUACUUGUCCGCUGCCAAAUCAUCAUCCGCGCUGAAUACAGUUUUACACUUGUAUUACCAAAAUUCUUUGGAUGAUAAGAUUAUUGUGGAGCGACUACUUAAAAGUUCAAUUAUCCCCUAUCACUUCGAAAAUUUAAUCCGUGUGCAAGCCUUAUUCCGCUGUUACAGUUUGAUGGAUGAAGCUUCGAUGAAGGUGAUGCAGGAAAUUUUUAAAACGCAAUAUAGUGCCCUCAAUCUUCUUCGUGGCGUUGUCAAGUUACUGAAUAACCAUAAUGAUAGUAAAAUUCCUCCUGAAGUUAACACUGAAAUUAUGGAUGUGAUACAACGUUUCAGCGCCUUGAUACCAAAAUCUGAAAGAUCUGUGGAACAUCUGAAACGUUUUUUCAAUCAAGUCCACAAAGAUAAAGCACUUCGAAAGUAUCUGCUUAAAAUGACAAAACCACAGAGUACUUGUGUUGAGGCAACAACGGCGUUGAGAGAUAUAUUAAAGAAAAUUGGUGCAAUAACAGGAACCGAGAAUAGUGCGAAUGAUAAUCAAAUAAAUUAUGCACGUGUUGUUAAAGUUUUACUGGAACGAUGCGCGCCAGUUUUAUUUGAUCGAGAAUUUGGCAAGGAAUUAAUCAAUCAACUUACUAUUAUUAAAGAAUCUGGUUCUUCGUCUGAGAAUAUUGUGUCCAUAAACGUUACGCGUUCAUUGUGCUUGUUGUUUGCAAUAUCGGUUUAUUUUAAAGAAAUACUACCAUCGGGUAAAGUAAUGGAUUAUCUACUCGGUAUUUUAUCCGAUGAAAACUCUUUUUCAGAUAAUUGUACUGUUGAUGAAAACAAAUCGAAUUCAGUUACUUCUGAUUUUGAUACCGAUCCGUACACACUACAAGAGAUGGCUUUAAAUAUUCUUUGUUGUGUACUUGGUGGUGGUCCCAGUGGUUCACUUAAUAAAUCUGAAUCUAAUGAUGCUAUUCAAAAGGUUUCUGACGAACAGUCAAUUCUUAAUUACACUCAGUUAAGUGAGCGUUCAGAUGAACUUUUACCAAUCCUACAUCGUUUUUGCUGCACAGGAAUUACUACUAACACUCAAAAGUCAAGUCAAAAUAAAAAUGUUACAGAAAAGUCUACUAAAAACAAUCAAAGGGCAUUGAGACAGGGGACGAAAAAACCUUCACUUGGCUUGAAUGCAGAAGAAAUUGCACAUAUGGGCCUUCUUUGGAGACGUGAGCGCCGUCGUUCCAAGUUGUCAGUGCGUGUUCUCUUUUAUUUACAUAACGUGGUACUUCACCUCAUUGGCUCAGAAAAUAAGUCGGAAAAAGUUGAUCUGGAUUCAAUUAAGGAUCAUAAUAAAUCAUCAAAUGAUUGCUUGUCUGCUGAAAUGAUAAGAUUGGUUUCAUUGGAAUCAAAAAUUAAAGGGACUCUGGAUGACAUUGUUCAGGUUUGUAUUUCUUGUCCAGUUCUCUCCAGCGACUACAUAACCUGCCUUACUUCAUUGAGUCACAUCGGUCUAUUGUUUCCUGAUAGCUACAAUCAUGAAAUUAAAAGGUUGAUUACGAAAUCUUUGGUACAAGUGUUAGCAUCUGAACCAGAUGAUAUGUCGAAUCCAGGACAUAAUGGAAUCCAAAUCAACAGCACCACAUCAAAUAUCUUGGCUGUUCAAUCUAAAUCAGGAGAAAAUACUCUAAGUUCUUGGUCUCCUGAUGGAUUGUUAAGCGUUUUGACUAGAGCAAAGAUUUGUGCUAUAAAACUCAUGACGAAUUGGCUAACAGGUUUAAAGAAUGAGGUGAAACCCGUUGUUCAGGUCAUCAUUCGCCUUCUUUACCGCAUAAUUAUUCAUGAUGGAGAUUUAACAAAGCAAGGCAAACUUUCGUAUGGUGAAAUGUCUCGCAUGCGCUUAGUAGCUGCCACUUCUUGGUUGAAGCUUGCACGUUCUCAGGCUUAUUUGGAGUGUAUAGAGAUUGAAUGGUAUUUGUCGAUGAGCAAUGUGCUAUGUGAUCCAUGUCCACAAGUGCGUUCUCAUUUUUUAACUAAGCUCAACCAGGGAUUAUACAAACUGCGCCUUCCUCUUGAGUAUAUGGCUAUUUUUGCACUCACUGCUAGUGUACAAGACCUUGCAUUCAAACAACGUGCAAAGAAACUACUUAUUGCUAAUAUUCAGCGACGGCGUGAUUUUUUGAACAAGCACCCUACAUAUUUCCGUACUGCUAAAAUCUUAUUUGCACUGUUACCGGACUAUAUCCUUCCAUAUGUGAUCUAUUUACUUUCACAUGAUUCCAAAUGGACUAAACUGAAUGAUUCAGAAAUGCUUAAUAAAAUUAAAAGUUCCCUCUGGUUUGUAAUGGAACCGAUAAUAUCUCAUGGUGACAACUUCAGUUUUUUGCGGAGGAUUAUUGAAAAAAUUAAGUAUGCUCGAGAUGCUCUUCACCCUGAUGAUACUAUUUCCAAUGAGAAACUAUAUACUGUGUGUGAUAUUUCUCUGGGAUUGUUGCUGUCCCGUUGUGUCAAUCCAACAGUUAAAGAAUAUCCAGUGGAUGUUAAACUACCUAAGACUCUUUUUAUACCUACACCAGCCGAUUUUCGUAAUCCCGAUUUCAAGCAAUUGAUGAGUAUGACUAUGGAGAGUAAAACAGAUACAAGUGUAGAUAUUGUACAUUCAUCUAUGGAGACACCGGAGACAUCUGUCAGAAGCAAAAUACAGCCCGUCCUACAGUUUACACCGAAAAAGCGUGUAAAGAAGGUUUAAUUCCCACUGAACUACUGAAAACAAAACGCGCUGGUAUUUCGAAGACAAAGACACAGGCAAAAGCAUGUAGUCAAAGUGAAGGGAUAAAGAAAGCGAAAUCUGAGAGCAAAUCGACGAAACAUGACAAUGAACUUUCAGGACAAGAAAGCACCGAUCAUAGUGAAGUCACAAUGUUGGAAAAUAACAAAGAAUUGGAAGAAGUAGUAGAUGUUGUGCCAACCAGUAUUUCAUCAGGUAUUGAUAUCUCAUCUAACAACAGUCCUAAAGACCGUAAUAUAGAUAGAAACGUAUUUGAAGAGAAUUUUUCUCCACCUUGUGUUCCUUCCAGACGGAAAAAGCGUCCAAAUAAAACUACACCUGAAAAUACUAAACGCUUACGCACCAACAAGUCACCAGUUUUCACCCCGCAUGAAAAUCAGAGCACACUUGAUUGUGUUGUAAUUAGUAAGGCAUCUUCGGAUAAAGGUCCACCACAAACUAAUAACACUAACCUGCAGCCGUCAAAUGUCUCACCACGUAAAAUUGAAAAACAACUAACUAAGGAAGUUUCAAAACCUCGUCCUCCAAACUCAAGUAAAUCUUCCAUACAAGCAACAAAGAACCGCUCUAAUAAUAUUAGAUGUGUUAAGAAAGAUACUCACGCUUUGCCAAUACCACCUUCGGGCGAUCGCAAGGUUUCGUUGAGGUCCAUCAAUUCUAAAACCGCAGAAGGCAUGGAGAAACUUACUAUCGAACGUACGCGAAACCCUCAGUCUGCAGCUAAAGCACCGGUCAGAAGUAGUGCGAGGAACUCAGUGCAACUAAAAUCUGGUGUUAGGACAAAACGACCGCCUUCUCGAAUAAGCGCAAUACUGGCUAAACAAAAGCUGUUAUCUCCUACUUGUUCAUUGAGUUCAAGCUCGACACAUAUAUGAAGGUGCUUCAGAAAAUCUUGAUUGUACGAAAGAAGUUUAUUCCCACUUUUAUUGAAGCCAGUUUCCACAAACCACUUUUGUACUUACAGUGUGAUCUCGAGUUUUAAAUCUACUUUAACUAUACAUCCUUUUCGAAAAAGUCUUAUCACCCAGAUCAUACUAGGAACCUUAUUCAUAAUUCUCUUUCUGUAAUUUAUACCUAUUUAAUGAUAUACUUAUUCAAACUUUUAACCAUAUUUACGAUGUACAUUUUAAAGUUCUUAUCGGAAAUCACAGUAUCAUUCUGUAUUUUUGAGGUAUUCAUUUUAUUUAAGAAUAAGGAAUCCUGUAUAUGAACAAUUAUUAAACAUUUGCCAAAAAGAUAAACAUAUUGUAAUCAUAAUGAGACGUUAUUAUGAUCUGUUAAGCAGCCUCAUUUCACAGUCUGUUAGCGCCCAUUGAUGGUCGACUAUCUCCAAUGCUUCCCACUCUGCUUUGAAGGCUUUUUGCAUAUCCUGUGGACCUUGCGGUGUAGGUACCUGAUGAUCUGAUAACAUUAUGGGCUGUUCGGCCGCAUUAUCCGAACCAAGUACUAAACCG